GCUGUUUGAUCUUCCCUUACAAAAACCAAAUAAAGAAAAACUCACCAUAAUUAAGCAUAACCCGAAUUUCUAGUACUCUUUUUUUCUUCUGUAUCAUAAUCAUCCUGAUUGAUGAUGAUGAUCACGAUGAUUCUUAAUUAAAUUAAUGAUCUCUUUUCUUUGUCAUUGUUGGUUAAUUUAAUAAGGGCCAAUUUGUUGAGAUUGAUUGAGGCGUGGCUGGUCGGGUUCAAAAAUGGCCGGUGGUGGUGGCGCAGGAAGCAGAGAGCUCGAUCAGACGCCAACGUGGGCUGUCGCCGGUGUCUGUUUCAGCAUCAUUCUCAUUUCUAUAGUUUUGGAAAAGGUUCUUCACCUGGUUGGACAUUGGUUUGAACGUAGAAAAAAAAGCCGGUUUGCUUGAAGCUCUAGAGAUAGUUAAAGCAGAGCUUAUGGUUUUGGGAUUCGUUUCUUUGCUACUGACAUUUUUUCAAAAGCACAUCGCUGAAAUUUGCAUUUCUGAAGGCUUUGCAGAUACAAUGUUGCCUUGUCCUUACAGAAAUGGCCCUGAUAAUCACGGUGGUGGUGACAAAGGUGGUGGAGGAGGAGGUCAUCGCAGGCAUUUAUGGUGUGAGCAGGAGGGCAGAAUUUUAGCUGGUGGUACUUGGUAGCGAUGGCGGAAGCUGUACUAGAAAGUUGUUAUGGAUUCUAGCUAUGUUGUCAAGUUUAUUUAUUCUGGUGAAGCAGCGACAGUUCCAUUGUUGCAUAAUUGGUCGUUUGUUGACCUAUGCAAUUCAAUACGCUCUCGUUUUCCGGAUUUGAUUCAAGGAAAUUUCAUGUUGAGGUACAUUAUUCCUCCGGAUUCUAGUUCAUGUUUUCUAGAGAGUGAAGUUGAUAUGAGAAUGAUUUUUAGGAAUUUGGUUCGUUACAAUUCUGAUUUCGUUGAAGUGUUUGUGACUGAUUUGCCUUCUAUUAGUGAAAGCGUGGUGAGUAAUACAAUGUGUGAGGAUUCUAGUACCAUGCUUGAGGAGAAUGAUUAUUUGGGGUGUUAUAGGGCAGAGGCACCGAAGAGUUAUAUGACGAAAGGUUGGGAGAGUUAUAUUCAUUCUGAAGGCCAAAAGUUUGAGGGUGGGGUUGUUGAGUUUAGAGAUAAGCUGCGUAAGUAUGCCAUAGAAAUUGGUUUUUCAUAUGAGUUUGUUAGAAAUGACACGGUUCGUGUUAUUGCUCAGUGUUCUAAGAAACAUUCUCAGGGCUGCAAUUGGCUUGUGAAGGCUUAUUUAUGCAGGGUUAAUGGUUUCUUUAUGAUUAAAAGGUUGGUUAAUGUUCACACUUGUCAUGGUGUGAUUCGUUUGCAGAAGAGUAAGAUGAUGGGAUCCAAGGUUGUCAAGUCUAUUGUGCUUGAUAAGAUUCGUGCGAAUCCAAACAAAAAGCCAAUUGAUAUAGCUGAUGAGAUCAAGAGUGAUUAUGGUUUGGAUGUUCCUUAUCGUACUGUUUGGUAUGGUACGGAGUUGGCAAAAACAGCCCUGCAUGGUGAUGAAGCUGAGUCUUAUUCUCAGCUACUUUGGUUCAGUGACGGUUGA